UUGAUCAAUCGCUCAAUAUACCAGCUCAGGGCCGUAUAGCUGGAGACGCAGGAAGGACAGGAUCUCUACACAAAGACACGAUCCCUAGCCGUGGCUGGCUGCACCAAUGGCUGCUUGGAAGAACAGGUUAGAAUAUCACAGCUCGUCAGCACAGCUGGGCGAUGACCACAACAGUGGAUCUGGAGCAAGCAAAGGAUCCAUGUAUAGCCAUGCAUCCGGACAUCCACAUAGACUUUUCCAUUGUCGUAUCAGGCCUGAAGCCUGGAAGCCGGAACCUAAGCGCGAGACUAAGGUUGGCUCCUACUCGGAAAUGACGAAUUUAGUAUGCAGCAGAGCGUUGGAGCAGGGGGGUAAAAAAAAAAAAAAGGAACAAGGUAAACAAUUGAUAGAUUGGGAACAGAGAACCACUCCGCAGAAUAAUGAUAUCGAAUGGUCAAUGGUCAGUGGCCAAUUCAUCCCGUUUUCUCAUGUCACAACCGAGUCAGCGGAAUGCCGAUCCACCAUAGCGUCUGGCUGCUGGUUGAAUAACGGUAGGAUAUCUACAAAGGGUCAUAGUGUAUGCAUCUUAAGUAGAGUGGGGGCGUUGGCUAGAGAGCUAGUGUUGUGGUUCGUCCGAAACUGGCACGACGAGUCGUGGAGUUAGGCGCAAUUCGAAAGUCAAGAAAAUUGCAGAACACAUUUCAGCUGGAUGGCACAAGCAAAUAUC